AUGCAACACAAGUUUUGUUUAGUUGAUGACAGGAUUCUCAUGACAGGCACACUGAAUUGGGGAAAUGACCGUUCAUGCGACCAUUGGAACUAUGUGUACAUAACUAGCAAGCUUCAACUAGUUGCACCAGUGAAGAAGGAGUUUUAUCAAAUGUGGGAUGAAUUCAGUGGCAAUAUCCACUGUGCUCAUAGCGAACAACCCAAAGUAUGUGACAGUGAUAUUGAAACUGUUGAAAUUAAAAACCCGGAAGAAAACACAGAUGAAAAUGUAGGAUAUGAAACGGUCAUAGAAACUCAGACCCAUAUUGGUACAGAGCUGACACCUGUUGAACACACAAUAUAG